GUCAACGACAAUCUCCUUUGUGGGUCUCAUAUGGCGCUAUUGGCACAGUCCCUAUCUCAUGGUGUUAAUGUCACCCAAAUUGUGACCAUAAAACUCAAAGCUGUUGAAGAUUACCUCACCUGGCGCACUCAAUUCGAAUCCUUUUUGGUGUCCCAGGGACUUUUUGGCAUCAUUGAUGGAUCCAUUCAGGUACCUCCCAUGUACACAGUGAAUUUUAAUAAUCAGCAAAUCAUUAAUACUGAUUAUUAUCAUUGGCUUAGGGUAGAUCAAACAAUUCGUUCUUGGUUGUUUGCUACUCUUACUCGGAACGUAUUAACUGAUGUGCAUGAUAUUAAACAUUCAGCUGGUAUAUGGAAUCGUUUGCAAACACGUUUUAUGUCUGCUAGUUUACCUAGAGCCAUGGAACUUAAGCGUACCUUGAAUUCCAUUAAAAAGAAGGACAAUCAGUCUAUGGAACAAUACUUGCUUGAUAUUAAGAAUUUAGCUGAUGCCUUAGCUGCAAUAAAUUCCCCUGUCACUAAUAGAGAAUUACUGCAAAGUACUUUGUAUGGACUUGGCCCUGAGUAUGAGUUUGUAGUGGGAACUAUAUCCAUGUUCCCGGAUGAAUUUCCACCGGACAUCCUUGAACAUAGACUUCUUGAAGCGGAACAACGUGUCCUUCGUCAGCGCCAUCAGGAAUCCACCAACUUGCAGCAAGCUUUUGGGGCACAAACGGGUCCCGGGCAGCAGGGCCAACCUGGCCAACCGCACGCUUACCGCGGCAGAGGAGGCCGCGGCAGAGGCGCGCGUGGCAGAGGGGGCCGCGGCAGAGGCCGUAACCAGCAUCAGCCUACAUAUCAGCUAGUUCCAGGGGACGGCCAGAUUUCCUAUACCGCACCAGGGGCUGCCGCCGUACCAGGAAGCUCAGCCGCAGGGGGUGUGUACCAUCCGAGACCAAACAAUGCUCAGUCGGGUUUUCCUUCAGCUGAGGGUAUUCUUGGUUCAGUUCCUCCUCCAGUUGUGUGUCAGAUUUGUUUUUCUGCAGGUCAUUCUGCGAUACAUUGUCCGUCUCGUUUUUCACAGCCUUCUGCACCUGCUUUGGUUGCUCCAACUGGGGAAUCCAACGAUGUUUUGUGGUAUCCGGAC